AUGUUAGGGCGACAGCAGGCCACCCUCAUCGAGGCCAUCCAAAUACUUCAUCACCGGCUGAGGACGGGCGAAGCAUUGGAUGAACCAGCCACUCAAUUGGCGAAAGACGACUCGAGUGUGAACGACAUCCUGCAGCAACUUGGGCUGACGCCUCUCGAGCUUACCGAGGCUGACAACGAGCACGGCGCGAGAUACUCACAGUCAACCAUCUCACCUGCCAGCUCCUCCACCGCCACCCCCGCCAGUGCUGAGGAUUGUCAAACACAGCCUCAGGUCGAAUGGGGUGACUACCAGGACCCGUCGACGGGUCCAGACAAGAUGACUGACGUUGAGACUCCUGAUAAGCUCCCGCCAGAUCAACCUUUCGGGGGUGUCGAGCCCCUGGGCACGGAAGAUCCGUUCAAGUAUGAGUUUUGGGCCAAUGACGGCGGCUUGGAAAGCCAGAACUUCCUUGCGCCAUCGCCAGCGCCUUACGACUCGUUUUCAGAUGCACAAUUCGGGUGGGAUUUUGCAGAAACCUGUCCUCUGUCCUACCUAGCUCCGGCCACGAAAUCGGGCCCUCAUCAGAACUUUAGACUUGUAUUUUAG